UCCAGACAAAGAUGGCUGCGCCCAUGUGAAAUCGUUGGCACAUGCGAUUUAACAUAUUUGGAAGUGUAACAAUGUCGGAAAAAAAGGAACAACGGAUAGAGAGAAAGAAAAGAAAAGCAGCUGCUUUUCUUGAUCUUAUUAAGUCCACGAAUGAUUCCCCAGAAAAAGAUGAAUCAGAUGAAACGGUUGAAUCCCCAUCAAAGAAAAUCAAGCUGGACAGUGGUGGUCAAAUGGCGAAAGCAAACAAUCAGAAAGAAAAGUCCCUGUCUGAUGAAAUGUAUGAAGAAUACAAAAGGAAAUUAAAGGAAAGAGAUAAAGUGCAAAUGCAAAGGCCAAAAGUAUUCCUCACACUGGAUGAAUUAGCGCGAGACAACCCACACCACAUAGAUGAUAACGGUGUGAAGAUUACGCCUCCAUUGUUCAUGACGGAUGUCCAACAUCUUCUCAUGUAUGCUGUCCUUAAUGUGCAUUCCAGCUUCCGGCCCAGGUGGUGUCGAUUGCUGAGGGUUGGAAAAGUGUCUAAAGUUGUUGCUGUGGUACUGGACUCUGUCAGCAGUGAGGAGUUCAACUUGUACAAGGAAUCUCUGCCGACCCUGCACCAGGCCUUUGAUCUGCAAGCAGACAUGAUUGCCCCAGUGCAGUAUGGGAGUUCAGUGCGGGAAGACAUCAUGAAUGUCCCCAUCAAACUGGCACAACUCUCUAAUGUUGCAAACCUUGAAGUGAAGAAAAAUCUGGCAAAGAAUUCUAAAAAGCCGGUAAAGUCCCUGUACAGGACGGAGGUAGCCAAAGAACAGAAGUGGCAGCUGGGCAGGUACAAACAGCUGAGAAACCUUAUGUCAAAUCCUUUAGAAGUUCUCACUGGCAGCCAGGUGAGGAAGGAGGGUAGAGACUGUGAUGUAAAAGCAUGUGUGGAUGGGCCAGUUAAAUCAAAUACAGAAAAUAGUGUGAAGGUUUUGAACUUAAAUGGACCUGGUGAAGUGAACGUACCUGCUGCACCUGUAGCAAACUUACCUGUUUUGACAGGAACAAGCCCUGAAACAAAAAAUGAUUCACAUGUUGAACAUGAAGACACUGAAGGCAAGGAAGAGGAGAAUUCUACAGAAGGCAAUGAUGUCAUAACAACAUUCUCUCAAGAUAAAUUUGACCGGCGAUGGUUGCUGCUUAACACUGCACAGAUGCUGCUGGAGCACAUCCCCACCCCUGCUGUUGAGACAAAUCGUUCAUUCAAAGGGUUUGUUUUCACCAAGGAAAAAUAUGAAAAAGUUACCAACAGAAGCCCCUUGUUUGCAAUUGACUGCGAAAUGAUCCAGACCAAGGCUUCCAAGAUGGACCUAGCCCGUGUCUCCAUCCUGGAUGAGAAUCUGGGGGUGGUGUAUGACAGUUAUGUUAAACCCCAUGCACCUGUUACCGACUAUGUCACACAGUGGAGUGGUAUCACGAAGGAGAUCCUGGACCCGGUGACCACGCGGCUGGAGGAUGUACAGCGUGUUAUUCAGCAGUGUCUACCAGGGGAUGCCAUACUGUGUGGCCAGUCAAUUUCAUCGGAUCUAAACAGCAUGAAGAUGUUCCACCCUUACAUCAUUGACACCAGUGUGAUUUACAAUCUGACAGGAACCAGGCAGAAAACUGGGCUCAAGAAACUCGCAGAUAUGUUCCUUGGAAAGAAUAUCCAGUCUGGUUCCAAAGGGCACAGCUCCGUGGAGGACGCCAUAGCAACUAUGGAACUGGUGCUGUUGAAACUAAGGAAUGAAAUGGACUUUGGUGACAUCAGCAUUAAGGGGAUGAUGACUAAAGAUUUUCCAGAGAAUAACAAUUCUGAAUCCUCAAAACAGACCACCACAGAAGGUACAAGGUUAACCUGUUCUGUGUUACCAGAGCAUGUGUCAGAAGAGCUGCGCAGAAAAAGGCUGUUCUUCCAGCAGGAAGGAAAAAACUUUGUGGAGAAUUUUCUCCACAGGAUGGCCAAACAUGGACAUAGAGGCAAUGUGAUAGACGAGGCAACCAGUGUGGAGCUGUACCCGCCAAACAUUCCCCUUCACACGUGUGGGAGUGACAAGGAGAGUGAACGAUUGACAUUGGCCCGUCUUAAUGAGGAUGUGUUCUGCUUAACACACCUGUACGGGUUCCGAAAUUUUCGCAGGGAAUGUGAUGAUUGUGAAAAGUCAAAUGAGGAAGAGCUGAAGAAGUGCCUGUGGAAGUUGGACAGACGUUUCUGGAAAAUCUUGAUGGGGCUACCAGCGUGUUCACUGUUUGUGGUGGUAUUGCCAGGAAGACAGGAGAAUGGCUCUAUUUUCCCAUCAAAGACAUUCGCAAAAAUCACAUGACUUUGUUUUCUUUUAUGUUUAAUUUUGCAAUAAAGAAAUGCAUACCAUU